UUAUAUUUUCCAUACUAAUUUUGUCCGGUUGAAUAAUUCCCCUUUACCCCAGAAUUUCCAAACCGCACUAAAAAACAAAAUAAAAAGGUUAUCCACGCAUAAGCAUUGUUCGUUUCAACGGAACCUUCUCAGAGUCAGGACUUUGGCCAUGGAGUUAUGCAUUUUAACUGUAUCCAAUUGUAUUCAGUUGUAUCCAAUUGCACUCAAUUGCAGUCUAAUUGCAUUAACAGGCCCACCAGACAGUCCUAGUGGCCGACUCUCCAGCUUCCAGAACACCAGAACGUCCGAACUUCCAACUAGUGACUCCCCCAGUGGACAAGUCCGACAAACAGGGUGGUCCCGGAGUCGGCUCCGUCACCGUAUCAGAGUCACUCGAGUCGAACAACCUGUGAUUUGUAGCGAAAAAGCCCUUAUCAGAGCAGGCCACGCCCGGGCCAAGGGAAGCCCGCUCCGGCCACCGAGGGAGUUUGGACAGGGACUGCACACUGCCACGGGUCGGCAGGCUUAAGUAAGCAGCACGUGAGCAGCACAGCAGUCCCGUCCCACGACCU